CAUCAUGCUCCCUCUAACCACCAUGCUUACUCAUGCUUCUAUCUCCACCCUCGCAUCGGCUUGCAUGGGUCACAUUCCCUCGGUGUGCAUGCCGGAUCCUGCUUCACACCUUCUCCUGCCGGCCGCCCGGUCCAGGCUCCGGUACCUUUAGCGAGAGAGACACAUUUCUCGGACACAGUUGCGACACUCUGCCGGAUGCUCUCCCAGUGCAGUCCAGUACGGGCCGUUCAACAGUGCGGAUGAAAGUUACUCUGUGGUAGGCAACCCAUGUACUAAAGUUUCAUUUAGUGAAAAAGUACAUAAACAGUUACUUGUAAAGCGUUACUAAAAAGAAUCUAAAAUAAAAGUAAUAAACUAAAGCAAACGCAUUACUACGCUGUGAAAUGUUUGUGAAGCCUGGUAAAGAGGAUCCCACUUCCUUCCCGUGACGAUCGCCUCGAUCGCAUCGAUCUUUCUCGAAUCCUUUCUUACAUUCAUAUGAAGGAGAUUCCAGUCGCAGUCCAGCCGCCCAAUAGAAUUGGCGACGGAAGUCGACCGUGUCUCGUGUGUCGAGUGCAUAGAUUUCAAUCUAAUUAUCCUUGGUGCGUUACGGACUGUGGGUGAAUUUUCAAACAUGACCGGGCAGCUCAAAACAGUCCACGGUACGAUGUGAAUGUGUCAAACGUGUUCAGCGUGCAUACGCUCGUCAAUUAGUGGUGUGUUAAAUUUUCAAAAAAAUAAAGAACCUACGUCUAACUUGAUUGUUACAUAUUGUGAAAAAUAGAACAAAGUUUUAAUGAACAUGGUGUGUUUCGUGUUUACGAUCUUCUUUUACCACUGAAACAGUUAGGUUGAAAAUGUAGCUUUACAAAGUGAUCGUUUGUAUGCGCAGCAAGAGUGACAAACUAUGUAUCAGUUGUAUCAGUUGUUGGGAAACGUGUACCUCAUUUCAGCACAUUAACAUAUCAAAAAUUCAGUUGGUACCAAAAAUCAAUACAAAAAAUCUCUUUCGGUGUACCGUGAAUCACUCUAGAAAUUGUUCCUUGAAAUGUUUUAAACGCUGAUUGGGAACAACCACUAUGUAAGGUUGGCGGAACUGAGAGGAACACACACACACAGUGAAUUCCCCUUGUAACGGUUGCGUAAUCCGAGAACAACCCCGUGAAAGCCAUCGUCGGCCAUUGAAAGUGUGCGCCGGAACGUUUUUCACCCUCCGAAGCCAUAUCAGUUCCAUGUUCUCUUGUACACGGUUUCCGCUCCGUGUUUGGUGCUUAACGCUCUCCAGCAGCUCACCAGCGCGCUCAGUGUGACGCCUUACUGUUACUACUAUCGUGUCCCGCCGACGUGAGUAGGUAGGCAAACGGUUCCGGAACGGUGUGGCAGCGUAGCAAAAAACAUCCCUUUGAACGGUUUAGUCGUUUGUCGAUGUUUGUGUGCAGCAGUGUGAUCGAUGAUGAUGGCGAUGGUGUGUUGCUUACUAGCCGGAUUAAGCUUUUGAGUGUGUUGAAAGUUCGUACCUUAUGUAUAAAGUGUGUGAUACUGUAUGUGUGUGUGCAUUGAAACGGUAACCCGUUACUAAAGUUCUCAUUGGCGAGUGCUUCAGUGUGUCGAUCGCGUACUGCCAUAUGAUCAAGGCGAAUAUGAUGAUGAUGAUGGUGGAAAUGGUUGUGCUUUAAAUGCGUGCACGAGCAAAACACAAACACAAACAACACAAUACAGCGAUGAGGAAUUCAACUUGUAGUGCAAUGUCAGCUAAAAUGCAGUGAUUAAAACAGCCCAUAAAGGAUUCUACGAAAGGGAAAUAAAGGUGAAAGGUGAUUAAAACACUCAUUACAAUAGGAGUGAAGUGAUUUCAAUGUGGAAAUAUUAAAACUCAUAGCAUAGAUUUGUGCAAUAGUGAAUGUUCCUGUACAACAUGGUUACAAAACGAUACCCUACUUAAACGUUUAUCUUCGAAUUUUGUGUGAUUGCACAUUCAUCUGUGUAAACUGUUUCAUUAAUAAACAAAGUGUAUUUACUGUUAGAUCUACAAAAUGACGAAAAAAACGUCAACCAUUGGCCAUUUUUCGGCCAGCACUUCCGGCACGGUCGGACAGACGGGUGGAAUGAGCAGCUUUGGCACGGGAACCAGUGGAAUGGAGAGCACCGACAAGCAGGCCCUAUCGUCGUCCGGGCUGCAGGCUCACCAGCAUCACGAGCAUCCGUCCGGUAUCGGCGGUAAAAGCUCCGAGCAGCAGCGCCCGCACCAGCAUCAGUCCCAGCAUCAUCACCACCAUUCGCACCAUGUGCAGCAAUCGGUAGGAAAAAUGCGGGACAAACACACCGUGCACUGGUUUCGCAAAGGAUUGCGGCUGCACGAUAAUCCGGCCCUGCGCGAAGGGCUCCGUGGGGCGCGAACGUUUCGGUGUGUUUUCAUUAUCGAUCCCUGGUUCGCGGGCAGCUCCAACGUGGGCAUUAAUAAGUGGAGAUUCCUUCUUCAAUGCUUGGACGAUUUGGAUCGAAACCUAAGAAAGCUUAAUUCGCGGCUGUUUGUGAUACGAGGUCAACCGGCGGACGCGUUGCCAAAGCUGUUCAAAGAAUGGGGCACAACCUGCUUGACGUUCGAGGAAGACCCCGAACCAUUCGGCCGCGUGCGGGACCACAACAUCUCGGAAAUGUGCAAAGAGCUUGGAAUCGAGGUCAUUUCCGCUGCAUCUCACACACUCUACAAUUUGGAAAGAAUCAUCGAAAAAAACGGAGGCCGCGCACCGCUAACGUACCACCAGUUUCAAGCCAUUAUCGCCUCAAUGGAUGCGCCACCGCAGCCGGAAGCAGCCAUCACGCUGGACGUGAUCGGGAACGCCAACACGCCCCAGUACGACGAUCACGACGACAAGUACGGUGUGCCGACGCUGGAGGAGCUCGGUUUCGAGACGGAAGCCCUUAGGCCACCGGUUUGGAUUGGCGGCGAAACGGAAGCGCUCGCCCGUCUCGAACGGCACCUCGAACGGAAAGCGUGGGUCGCCUCGUUCGGCCGGCCCAAGAUGACGCCGCAGUCGCUGCUCGCUAGUCAAACGGGUCUGUCGCCCUACCUGCGCUUCGGGUGUCUCAGUACGCGCCUGUUCUACUAUCAGCUAACCGAUCUGUACAAAAAGAUCAAGAAAGCGUGCCCCCCACUGUCGCUGCACGGGCAGCUGCUGUGGCGGGAGUUUUUCUACUGUGCCGCAACGAAAAAUCCCACCUUCGACAAGAUGGCCGGCAAUCCGAUCUGCGUGCAGAUUCCGUGGGACCGUAACGCGGAAGCGCUGGCCAAGUGGGCGAGCGGGCAGACCGGCUUCCCGUGGAUCGAUGCGAUCAUGACGCAGCUGCGGGAGGAGGGUUGGAUCCACCAUCUGGCGCGGCAUGCCGUGGCCUGCUUCCUGACCCGUGGCGACCUCUGGAUAUCGUGGGAGGAGGGCAUGAAAGUGUUCGAGGAGCUACUGCUCGAUGCGGACUGGUCGGUCAAUGCGGGCAUGUGGAUGUGGUUGUCGUGUUCAUCGUUUUUCCAGCAGUUCUUCCAUUGCUACUGCCCGGUCAAGUUUGGUCGCAAGGCGGACCCGAACGGUGAUUACAUCCGGCGAUAUUUGCCGGUAUUAAAGAACUUCCCUACCCGCUUCAUCCACGAGCCCUGGAAUGCUUCCGAGAGUGUGCAGCGGGCGGCCAAGUGUCUCAUUGGCAAGGACUAUCCGCUGCCGAUGGUUAACCAUGCGAUUGCUUCCCGCGCCAACAUGGAACGCAUCAAGCAGGUGUACCAACAUCUUGCCAAAUACCGCACACCGAGCGGCGGGUGCUACGAGGGCGACUGUACCGAAAAGGGCGGCUCCGCGAUCGCGGGGGUCAUGACGGCGGCCAAGGUGCAGCACAUGAACACGAGCAGCAUGAACGACAGCCCCAGCCCCACUACAAUCCUGACGAGUGUAAACAGCUCGGGAAACUACAUGUGCCGCAGUAAUCCGCCCGCACAAAGCGACCACAACGGGAAGAUAAUCACGUACCAUCAGCUGCUUAGCGGCCCGGACCCAAGAUCAGCGCUCGGUGGCAAUGGCAGUGGUGGGGAUCGAGGCAAUGCUGGUGUGCCUGACGACACCAAACACGGCGAUGGUACCGAUGGUAGCAAUCAUCUCAUGGCCGGGAAAGAGUCGAUCUCUCAGCACCAGCAAUCACAGCUGCAGCAUUCGCACCAAGCACAGAGCCUGGAUCAGCAGUCGCAGGAAAACAGCAACAGCGUGGCAAACAGUGAGCAACGGUACGGGACACUGCCCGUCGCCGAGUACGCGGCAAUCAAACCGGACAGUCUCAGUACGCUGAUACGGGCCGGCAAUCUGACAUCCGCUGGGACGCGCUUCUCCAAUCUGCAGGAUCAGCUCAGCAACAGUCUGAUGUCGCUGGAGUGUGAUGCGCUGGCGACCAAGCUCAAGCCCAACAACUACGAGUACGAGCGGAACCAGAAUAUUUAUAACAGCCAGUUCAAGGUGGAGUACAGUGACAACUUCAACUCGGGCUACGGUUUGCGCAAUGCCGUGUUCUACGGUGGCAAGCGGGAGGACGAGAACGAAGACACCAAAGCGGACAACAUGAACAACAACCACAGCGAUCAGCUCACGGGCGACAACAGUGCCGACGAGCGGGCAGUGCCCAAUGACGCGGACGACGAUGAUGAAUCCACCAUGACCACACUCCAGGCCACGGAUGCACAUUCGGCGCCACAUGCACUGCUCUUUGCGGCCAACAAAUCCAAAAUCAAACAGGAAUCACUGGUGCAGCAGUCCUCGCGUAUGUUUCUCGAACCACCGAAGCACCACGCCAGCCGGGGAGCCAAACCACAUCGCUCCCGGUGCGAGGCGACAGAAGCACGCUCGCACCUCGCAGAUUCGCAGGUUAAAAAGGAACAGCAGAUCACCUCGCAAGCGCUGCCACCACACUCCAUGCACACCGAUUGUGAUUAUGAACCAGAAAGUCAUAAGCUGUUGGCCGAAAACUAUCGUCAGCAGCAUCAGCAGCAGCAGCAACAACAACAGCAACAGCAGCAGCAACACGAACACGAACAACAACAGCAGCAGAAUUCAAUGUUAGCAACCCAACAAAGGCUGGAAGCGUCACAGAUGGAUCAAGGAACUGAUCAACCAAUGCAGGAGUCACCUUGCAACGAAGAAAAGAUUGGUGCGGGGGAUUAGUUUGCAUUAGAAUCGGUCACGUUUGGUGCAAAUCACACGUUUAUGAUAUGGCGUUUUAGGUUUCGUCGUUCAUUGACGACCCUGCCUCGCAGCCUAUCUAACAUCAAUUCCAUGUAUUACGAAUGAAUUUCGCAAAUAUUUUCUUACAAAACAAAGCUAUUCUGCUUUUGAGAACACACUUGAAUAAAAUGUAAUAGUAUACAAUAGAA